UGUGGUAUCCACAGCGCUGGCGGAGGUCACAGGAAAAAAACAACAUGGCGACCUGCAUAAUAAACAUGUCCAGAGCGGUAUGUAGAGGAUUAAGAUCAUGCCCUUUAACGCGUCCAGGAAUCCGGUUACGGAUGAUGAGUGCUACAGCAGGGGAGAGAAACAAUACUAUAGUGGAGUCGACAGAGGAAUACAAAUACGUGGAAAGAUUAAUCCCGCCGACUAAAAUCCCCACCCCACCUAAACAUGACGGCCCCGCCCCAUCUGGCUGGACUCCUCCACCAGAAGUGCCUCCCGAUCUUCCUUACAUGAUACGUCGCUCGCGCAUGCACAACGUCCCCGUCUACAAAGACAUCACCCAUGGCAACCGGAUGAUGACUCUUGUGCGCAAGGUUGAAGGCGACAUCUGGGCUUUGGAAACGGAUGUGAAGGAGCACUUGCACAAGCUGACAGGCAGAGUCCCGCCCACACAGGUCAACGAAGUAACCAUGAGCAUAAGGGUCAAAGGUGACUUUGACAAGGAGCUGAAGCAGUGGCUGAUUGAAAAGGGCUUCUGAGCAGUGUCAGAUGACCGCUUCCUAGCUCUAGAUCUGACUUGCACCAAUAAGAAGGCAGAAGCCAACAGACUGCAGUAUCCUGUUCUACCACUUGCCAGUCAACCAAAUGUUUUUUUGUUUUUUUUCUCCAUGAGUUUCUGUUGUUGCACACAGAAAAUCGUUUAAUUUAGUGCAUACAAUAUUCCCAGCUGGGCACUUGGGAUUCAACAAAUCACCAGGUAUGGUGCAGCCUGUAGCUAAAUUUUACACCAGUGGAUUCAAAUAAAGGACUGAAGAUGUGUUGAA